CCAUUUACGCCAAAAUUCGCGACUUUUCCGGUCCGAAGCUCUUUCGACGCGUCCGGGUUUUACUCGCAAUGCCGAACCCCAGCUUCAACGCCCUGCCGUCAGCCAUUGACACCGCCCAAGAGCUUCUUUGACCUCGUUAACGGUACAUCAGCAGUCUCCAGUCGCAACGUCACAAGCCGGACCGAAAAAGAAGGGAAGAAAAUUAAAGUAAAAUAAAAUCAUGGUGACCCUCGAAGAAGCCACCGCGCUUCUCCAAAAGCCGGCCGACGCAGCCGCAGCCUCCACGACCCUCGUCCGCGCCCCUUCGCACUACAAACCCCUCAACACCUUCGCUCUGCCCAAGGAGCGCUCGUACCAGCAGCAGUAUGCCGACGUGUACUUCCUACGCCUCACCUCCAUUCAGCCCGCCGUCAACGCCGUCGCCGCCGAGGCCUGGGACGGCACCGUCAUCGGCGGCGAGGAGGCCAAGCACGUGAACCGCGUCCUCGACGUCCGCCAGGGCGAGCUCUGCUGGGUGACGGGCACCGUCUACAUGGACAUGGCGCUGAAGCCCAACAUCCUCGAGGACGUGUCCAAGGACCGCUGGAUCUCGGCCCCCGUCUCCACGGACCGCUACUACUCGGACGACGACAAUAACACCAUCAUGCUCGAGGACGACUCGGGUCGCGUCCGCCUCGUCGGCGACGUCCUCAAGUCCAUCCACCUCGUCACCGGCACAAUCAUCGGCGUCAUGGGCAUCGAGAACGCAAACGGCGAGCUCGAGGUCAUCGACGUGAAGUUCCCGGACCUUGCCCCGCAGCCCUCCCGCUGGACCCUCACCGACAGCCCCUCCCAAGACCACGACAUGUCCGGCACCUCCAACCCAUCCCAACGGCCUUCGUCCAAGAUCGCCAUCGUCUCGGGCCUCUCCUUCUCCGGCUCCGACGCCUCCUACGCCCUCGAGCUCUCCCUCCUCCUCGAGUUCCUCCUCGGCGAGGCCCUCACCCCGGCCGCCCAGUCCUCCGAGCUCGCCCACAUCUCCCGCCUCAUCAUCGCAGGGAACUCCAUCAGCUCCUCCACGUCCACCGCGAACCCGGCUUCCGGGGCCGCGGCCAACAAGAAGUACGGCUACGACGCCAGCGCCUACAACCCCCUCCCCAGCCAGCUCUUCGACGAUUUCCUCGCCGACCUCCUCCCCUCUAUCCCCGUCACCCUCAUGCCCGGCGCCGAGGACCCCGCCAAUGCGAGCUACCCGCAGCAGCCCAUCCACGCGGCCAUGUUCCCGCGCUCGCGGCCCUACUGCGCGGCCCCCGGCGCCAAGGAACCCGGCUGGUUCGACACCGUGACCAACCCCUGGGAGGGCGAGGUCGACGGGUGGCGGGUCCUCGGCACUGGCGGCCAGAACGUCGACGACGUCUUCAAGUACGUCGACAGCGACGACCGCCUGGGCAUGAUGGAGGCCAUGUGUAGGUGGCGCUGCAGCGCUCCCACUGCGCCGGACACACUCUGGGCCUACCCGUUCCAAGACAAUGACCCCUUUGUCAUGAAGGACGCCCCCCACCUCUACUUCGUCGGUUGCCAGCCCGAGUUCUCGACAAAGGUCAUCCAGGGCAGCGACGGCCAGCAGGUCCGGCUCAUCACCGUGCCGUCCUUCGCCGAGACCAAGGAGCUCGUCCUGGUUGACACGGAAACGCUGGAGGUCUCCAAGGUCAAGAUCACCACGGCAGCUGCGACAGCAUCAUGAUGGGCAAGUCGAGACUUGAGUGUUGAAGAAAGAAAAGGAGAGAGAGAGAGCACGUUCACCAAGAAAGUUAUGAUUUGAUAUACCCCCCCCAUAAGCUAUGGAAAGGAAAUGGAAAUCGCAGGUGUCUAGAUUCGUGGAGUGAAUAUUAAUGCUACCUAAUGAAUCGGCC